UAACCCGGAAGCGGACGCUUCUGUUGACAUUUCCGCUGCAUGUGUUUUGGUUAGCGAAGUGUUUGUCCAGCUGUUAAUACCGUUCACCGUAUUCCCUGGCCAUGCAAUGUGGGAUUAAUGAAGACGCUGCUUAACAUCUAAGAAAAAACUAAGUUGGUUGUAACUAAAGCCAAAGCCACUAGUGCAAUACAGGCAAUUUAAGGUGGAGUAAAGGCUGUCGGCUUCCGUAUAGAUGGUGGCUGGUAAUUAACUGCAUCAAGUGUAGCAGUAAAAUCCCAUCUUCAAGAGUCAGAGAAGAGGAAAUUCUGAGGAAGAUUGCCUACAGUUCGCCGUCCUAAAUGGGAGCAGAGCAGAGCGGAGAUGCGGAGCACAAACACUCCGAUUUCAACCCUACAGCGGUCGCCUCACCUGCGAAGCAGAGGGCAAAAAUGGACGACAUCGUGGUGGUGGCCCAAGGAACGCAGUCAUUACGCAACAUCCACAACGACCCCGAUGUCAUUAAACUGCAAGAGAUUCCCACGUUCCAGCCCCUGCUUAAAGGUGUCCUGAGCGGCCAGACAUCCCCAAGCAGUGGCCGCCUGGAGAAGCUGGACUCCCUGCAGGUUCUGCAGCUGUGCCUGCGCUAUCAGGAGCACUUGCACCAGUGCGCAGAGGCCGUCAGCUUCGACCAGAACGCCCUGGUCAAGCGCAUCAAAGAGAUGGACCUCUCGGUGGAGACGCUCUUCAGCAUCAUGCAGGAGCGACAGAAGCGCUACGCGAAGUACGCAGAGCAGAUCCAGAAGGUCAACGAGAUGUCCAUGAUCCUGCGACGCAUCCAGAUGGGCAUCGACCAGACGCUGCCUCUCAUGGAGAAGCUCAAUAACCUGCUGCCAGAGGGAGAGCGGCUGGAGCCUUUUAGCAUGAAACCUGAGAACGAAACCAAGUAGCUCCUCCCAACAGCAUUACAUCUGAAGCUCCGCCCACAUGCAAACUGUUGCCCCGCCCUUCUUCGUAAGCCCCCCCCCCAAAAAAAAAAAACCUGUGGGAAAGUUAUUUUUGUGGGUGUCUGUGGUUCUGCUACGCCUUGUGGAGGUAUGUAUAGAAACCUGAGCAAUGGGAAUCUCAAAAUUAGGUUUCUUGCUACACAUACUCCUUAAAACUUGCCGAGUGGGAGGAGAGGAAGUGACUGGUGCUAUUUAUGGAUAUAGAAGCUGGGAUGCUGAGGAUCGUUAGCCAGUAUGGUCAGCUGAUAAAUCGCUGAGCUCGCUUCGUCUGCAGACUCGCUUGCUUCAGUGCUUGAAUUGUCAGCUGGAGACACGAUAUUUUAAAGUUAACUGUGAUGUAAUGUUGCACAAAACCUUCCAUCCAAAUCUAUAAUUUAAAAGGAAUUAUUGAGAAAGUUUCACUUUUUACUUUUUUUUUGUUCUUACUGUAAAAUGUUAAAUUAAACCAAUCAAAUGUUUACCUUUCUUGUAACUAAUUAUGAAUGAUAAGGUAUUGUGAAAUUGUUUUAGGCCCAAUUCUUAAUUCCUGACCUCAUGCCAGAUAUUUGCGUUUCGUAAUACAUAUUUAUGUCAUCCCAGUAACAAACUCCUUAAAUAUGGAAAAAGGCUCUCACUCUCAACACAGAAUUUCAUGCAUCUUUUGAUUCCGCUUAGGAUGUGGCUAAUUGCAGCGUGUACGUGCUUUACAGAAUUCUGGUCAUUGUAUGCAGCAGAGAAUCAACAUCUAUAGCCAGUCUGUAGAGUUUAGAGAACGUACACGAAACACGCAAUGACUUCUUACUUUGUCUGUACGCCCAGGCAUGAAAAUGGCAUUUGAUGCCGAAGUUAAAAGCCAUAGUUAAAUUAUAAUAGUAUAAAUGCAAAGUAUUAAAGCAUUAAUAGCAUUAUGAAGCAUCUCAGCUCUUGAUCAGACCCAUAAGCUGACGUUACCUCUGGCUCUUAGUAAAGGGUUAGAUGCUCUCUCUACAGCAACGGUGUCACCGGCAUGCGGGGGUAGAUUGGACCCCACCUGUACAGUGCUGCCCUGCCAUCCUCCCUCCCAGUCUGCCACCUUGGCCUGGUGCCCAGUGAUGCAGAGCGCCCCAUCAUGUGGACGUUGUUCUGCCGGCACUCUGCAACAGAGCCUCGCGAAGGAAAGUGUACAGGAAGGAUUUUUGCUCCGUUUGGUGCCCCUGCCGCAAUCCGCAGAGACCCGGCGAGCACGGAGGUGGAGACGCUGGUCCGGAUGGAGCCUUGCAUGCGGCUCAAUGGGCCUCCUGUUUUGGCCGCGUGGAGUCUGUGACACGGGAACUUGCAACUUCCUGUUACUUGUGCAUGGAAUAGCUGAAAGAAAUGGGUGUCAGCCGGUGUCAUUGAAUGAUGUUACAAAGCAUUGGCCUCUGUGUCUGUGAUCAGAAGGUUGCCAGAUCCAGCCUGGCUUUGGCAGAACAGUCACAUGUCUGUGGGCUCUUUACCCCCCAGCUCCGUGGGCACCACUGCAGGUGGCUGCCAUUCACUGCCAGGCUUGCUUCACCUACUUGUGUGUCAUGGCAAGCAAGAUGGGGCAAGCAAAAAGGGAAUUUCCUCAUGGGGGUCAAUGAAGUGUCUAUUAUUAUUAUUAUUAUUUAUUAUUAUUAGAUGGAACCAAUAUUUAAUGAGUAAUUAAACAAAAAAACCUGUGUAAUUAGCAAAGACUAAUGCAUAACAAAUCAUUGCAUAAAUCAUGGUUACAGGAAGCUGUAGUAUUUUUUGUUCCUUCAGUUUAAUUUAAACAUUUAUACAUACAACGAUCAGCCAUAACAUUAAAACCACCUGCCUAAUAGUCGGUCCCCUUCGUGCCACCAAAACAGCAAAGACCAUCGAAGCAUAGACUCCACAAGACCUCUGAAGGCGUCCUGUGGUAUUUUUGCACCAAAACGUUAGCAGCAGAUCCUUUAAGUCCUGUAAGUUGCACUUGCCUAAUAUAUAAUGGCACCCUUGACAGAUGCCAUUGUAACGAGAUGAUCAAUGUUGUUCACAUCACCUGUCAGUGGGUUUAAUGUUAUGACUGAUCAGGGUGAAGGGGAUAAUGCACACUUCAUGUUACAUUCAGCUCACUCCAUUUUGACAGCUUUAAGGAGAAUGUCUGAUGUCCUGCCUCAGACUUUCAUUCCUAGCAACGUAACUAUCAAUCCUGCAGUGUCAGUGAGAUUUUUCUGCCA